AUGCCUAACUCAAGUGAACAGUCGCAUUUUGGUGGCUCUCUGGGCCAGCGUGGUCCUGAAUGGAGUGAAGGCCAGAACGAUAGGGCUGCAAGUCGCUGUCACUACUGCGGUAACAUUGCAGGGUGUAGAAAUUCUUCUACACUGUGUGGGGAAGACAGAGACGUUUGGUUUCACGGUCACCUAGAUCUUGGGGAAAAACGGGAUCCAGUCCUCCACUCCUCUCUGUACAGACAGAUCCAGCAGGACCAGCAUGGGCAGCCACCACUGAAGAAAACCUCUGUACCUGACAUAAGCAGCAGUCUCUACCUCAAGGAACUAAUGGCAGGCCGGGCCUCAGCACCACCUCAGGAUUAUUACCUCACUGACGCCACCUUAUCUGGUCAUCCACCUAAGGAGUCUGGGUUUUACAGGGAUAACCAGCACUUGCUCACCAGAUCAGCCUUGCAUUAUGGGCCCUGCGUUGGGGGGGUUAGGUCUUCCUGGGAUCAAGGACAAGCAAGAGCCACACCCUCUUUACUGGCCUCUGCUUCUACACCUACACCCGCGCCUCUUCCUCCUCCCCCUCCUCCCCCGCCUCCUCCGCCACCGCCUCCCCCUCCGCUUCAUGAGCUUAGCCGUUUGUACAGGGAAACUCUGGGAUCUAAGAUGAUCCCAGACGUCCAGCGUAUUGGUGGCAGCUCUCCCGCUACUGCGAUCUUCGGGGCUCAGCCCCCACUUCCUGUUUAUGCUGCUGAACCGCUGUCUGCUCGUCAAACUUACAACAGUAUCAACAGCUUGCGCCUGGAUCCCCUUCAGCCAGCUGCCACCAGUUCGUUGGUGGACCCAGCUUCUCAGGGAAUGGACGCAGCUUUCCCCAGGGCUUACGGAGCUGUAGCCUCCCAGAGGCUGCCUUAUGAUCCAAACUAUGACCCCAGUUCAGCCAUGGUGGCUGCCACAGCUGGAAUGGUCGCCACCUUGCCUCCUCACCAACCCAGUGCUGCAGACCCCAAGAAGAUGGUGGACCCUGCUUUCUUGGCUUUCCUAAGAGGGGAAGGCUUGGCUGAAAGCACAAUUACACUUCUGCUGCAACAUGGCUUUGAUUCCCUUUCCACACUGGGGAUGAUGGAGGACCAUGAUGUUAGGUCUGUGGCCCCUAAUUUGGCCCAGGCCCGUGUUCUGUCACGAGUGGUGCUCAGUUGCAAGACAGGUGGGACGGCAACACGUGCCCGAUCUAAUAGUUUCAGCCAUCGCAAUGACCUCUACGUGCAGCCCCAGGGUUUGACUAUGGACCCCAACCUGAUGCAGCAACCUCCCACCACUGUCCAGACAGUUUCCCCUAGAAUGGGAGAAUUUCUGGGUAGAAGACCGAGCAGCGCACCCUCCCAACAUCUCCUGGAAACCACUACCUACCCAGGAGCACGGCCGCUGGCACCUGGAGCUUUUCCAGUCAGCCCUGGAGGAUAUAGCAGUGCUGUGACUCAGGGAAGACCCUUCUCCAUGUAUAAUGCCCACACCGGUCUUGCCAUGUCUGCUCUCGGAAACCAGCCUCCACCUGCUCCAGGCACCCCUGGAGCUGCACCUAAAACCUUCUCUGGCUCCUAUUCCCCGAUGGAACUGAUGAAGAGAGCCCCCAACUUUCCCCCAGCAUCACCUGUAGGAGCAGCAAGCCCCCUUCACAGCCCACAACUUCUCCGCAAGGGGAUCAAUGCUGCUCCCGAGAGUACCAUAGUUCCCGUCAGCUCUGCCACCACUCUUCAAGCGCAAAACCUUAACAACAACAAGAUGGUGGGACGCCGUACCGGUCCGCCUGUCAUAGUCUCAACCAUGGUCACUACGCCUGACACAAGUAUUCGGCCUCAAAUCAUGAACGGGCCCAUGCAUCCCCGCCCGUUGGUGGCCCUGCUGGACGGGCGUGAUUGCACCGUGGAGAUGCCCAUCCUUAAAGACUUAGCAACCGUUGCCUUCUGUGAUGCUCAGUCCACGCAGGAGAUCCACGAGAAGGUGCUUAAUGAGGCAGUGGGCGCCAUGAUGUACCACACCAUCACCCUGACCAGAGAGGACCUGGAAAAGUUCAAAGCUCUACGCAUCAUCAUCCGCAUCGGCAGCGGCUACGACAACAUUGACAUAAAGGCUGCUGGAGAGCUGGGCAUCGCUGUGUGCAACAUUCCCUCGGCAGCUGUGGAGGAGACGGCAGACUCGACCUUGUGCCACAUCCUCAACCUUUACCGGCGGAACACCUGGCUCUACCAGGCUCUGCGGGAGGGCACGCGAGUCCAGAGUGUGGAGCAAAUCCGGGAGGUGGCGUCCGGUGCCGCCCGCAUACGUGGCGAAACCCUGGGUCUCAUCGGUUUUGGUCGUUCGGGCCAGGCGGUUGCAGUGCGAGCCAAGGUUUUCGGCUUCAACGUCAUCUUCUACGACCCCUAUCUGCAGGACGGCCUGGAGCGCUCGCUGGGCGUCCAGCGCGUCUACACCCUGCAGGACCUGCUCUACCAGAGCGACUGCGUCUCCCUGCACUGCAACCUGAACGAACACAACCAUCACCUCAUCAACGACUUCACCAUCAAACAGAUGCGUCAGGGUGCAUUCUUGGUCAAUACUGCACGGGGAGGUCUGGUGGAUGAGAAAGCUCUCGCCCAGGCGUUGAAGGAGGGAAGGAUACGCGGAGCUGCCUUAGACGUCCAUGAGACCGAGCCCUUCAGUUUUGCUCAGGGCCCACUGAAAGAUGCUCCAAACCUGAUCUGCACGCCACACACAGCCUGGUACAGCGAGCAGGCCUCACUGGAAAUGAGGGAGGCCGCAGCUACCGAGAUCCGAAGAGCCAUCACCGGCCGUAUCCCUGACAGCCUACGAAACUGCGUCAACAAGGAGUUCUUUGUCACCACGGCACCGUGGGCAGUCAUGGAUCAGCCAGGCGUUCACCCUGAGCAUAAUGGCGCUGCCUACAGCCAAGUGAACCAAACUCUUCCAGGCGUAACAACUGGCAUCCCCCAAGACAAAAUUAAUGCCUAGAUCAGGACCAGAUACCCGCCAGGUGUGGUUGGAGUGGCUCCGGGCGGCAUCCCAGGGGCUUUAGAGGGCAUGGUGCCUGGUGGGGUGCCCAUCGCCCACACCCUGCCCUCUGGUACACA